AUGCAAACUAACGAAUCUGUUGCUUCCUUGGCACCAGAGACAGAGACUGAGGUCAUCAAUAUGCUGGAGCAGAUAGGAAGCAAAGACAAGGUAGCUCAAUUCGUGGCUGAUGUGAAGGCCAAGAAGGAAGGGGUGCGGCUGAUGGGUUUCGGCCAUCGAGUCUACAAGAAUUAUGACCCCAGAGCACGUGUAAUGAAGACGUUGGUCGCGGAGGUGCUCAAAGAGCUUGGCGUGGAAGAUCCACUCCUCGGAAUCGCCCAGGAGCUGGAAAAGGUGGCCCUGAGUGAUAGCUACUUCAUAGAUCGGAAGCUCUACCCCAAUGUGGACUACUACUCAGGGAUUAUGCUGCGAGCAAUUGGCAUCCCGACCAGCAUGUUCACGGUGAUGUUCGCCAUGUCCAGGACGGUCGGAUGGGUCUCGCAGUGGAACGAGAUGGUUUCGGAGAAGCAGAUGCGCAUUGGCCGUCCAAGGCAGCUCUACGUGGGGCCGGGUGAGCGGAAAGAGCCUUGGAAGGCGGCGCAGGAUCUCGACUCCUCCACGGCAAAGGAGGUGAUCAUCGACAACUCCUCGCAAGGUAGCUGCGUCGCUUGUAGGUCCGAUGUAGCAGCUGGUACUCUCAUGCAAAGCAAGAGGAAUCAGGAAAGCGAGUUUUUCGAGUCUAGGCCUCUCGAAAGGUCCAGCUUCCACAGCCACACUCUUCUGACUUUCCGUACUCACACCACGAAAGACGUCUCGCUGAGCGAAGUCUUCCUCAUUCAGGAUGGAGCUGCCCGAUGUGCCUACUCGCUGACCCACUCUUACAUAGCUUUGAGCGUUGGCCUAGCAUCUGGCAGUGCAGUCAAGCCAGAAGGCGGCUUGCACGGGGCACUGACGGGACUUGCGGCUUUCGUUUGCCCAGUGGAACCGACGACUGCUUGCGGUGAUCCGAGCAGCGAGGACGAGGUUCUGGAACAGUUGCAAGCAAGGGGCGCCAUCAGCUGGACCGGCUGCGACGAGUCUGUCGAGCCGGACAGCCAGGUCUCCCGGUCUGCACGUCAGUUCUUAGGGAAAAGUUUGGUGUCGGCACGGAUUACUCGGGCCUUCGAUGCUGAUCGUGCUGAUAUUGAAGACUCGGAGUUCCUGCCUAGGUCCCCAUGCGAUAACGGACUUUUUUGCGGGAUGGAGUUAGAGGCUGGAGGUUGGUGCUUGGUGAAUGUUCCAGAAUCUGGGCUGUGUGUUCGUGCUGGAGAUCCUGUUUCCCAUCACACGACGCCGCUGAGCAUGUCUUGCAGCUAUGCGGGCAUGGUGAUUUCAGACGCCUGUCGCUGCCCGUGGACGGCAGAGUUGCGCAAGGCUCAGAAGGCGAAGUUGUCAUCGGUUGGCCUCAAGACUCAUCGUGUUGGUUCCUUCCUGAAGUCCAUGCGUUUGUUGAGCAGCUUGGUCUUGAAAUGUCUUGAAAGUGUGAACUUCAAUGGAUGCGCUCUUGGAAUGGAGAAAGAUGGAUGUAUUUAUGUCGGCACUUGGCUUGAGAAUGAGAUCGCUUCAGAGACGGCAAGAAUAGCUUUCGGCGGCGAUGACAUUCGCCACCAGUCUGGGAUGGCUGCGGUCUUUGAAGAGCUGUUCGCUUAUUCGCUUGAGGCGUCGAAUUCCACUAACCUGCCGUCAGUGUACCGCUUCCCAGAGUUGUGGAGAACCUUGUCAACACAAGUUGAGAUCGAGCCUUAUGCAUUCUUGCAAUGUGUUGAGCUCUAUGAAUCGAUCGCCAGUUCCGUGGUGAACAAGCAGGGUAUCCUUCAUCUCGAUGUGAGUACUUUUCCUGAGUCUGACCGUGGCUCGAGGGGUCGACUGUCGGAUUCUACAGCCAAGAUUCUGAUGAAGGCGUGUGUCGUGUCCGGAAAGGACAUCCGGGAACCUGAGAAGCCCUUGGGAGCGCUCCAGCUUUACCUCAAGGACCAUGGGGAUUCCACAGAGGCGAUUUUCAACAAUCUGCCGCAAGAGGACAUGAUGCCGUACCAAGAGCAGGAAGACGAAGCAAAGCGGAAGUACGAGGAAGCGCUGGAGGCCUUCCGCCAGGAGGACUCCGAGGAAGUCCUGCUGGGCAAUACCGGUGGAGCAGUCACACGAAUCAAAGUCAGCACAGUGCCAAUUGUCACCAGGCUGAUCCGAGGCCGGGUGCUUGCAAAGACCAAGGGCAGCGACCGCAUCUGUGUUGCAUCGCUGCUGUCUUCCAUCGAAGAUGACCAGGAUGAAACUGGCAAACAACCAGCAAAGUCCACGCCAUCCAACUUAGCGGCUUCAAGACUGCAAAGGGCAGCGGAUCGAGUGGCAGACAGCGCCGGCAGCUCCUUACGAGGCUCUGAAGCUGCGCCGUCCGAGGCACCGGCGCAGAAGGCCGAGGUUCCAGCUCCGCUCCCGGUGGAGCGCACGCCGCGCUCCAAAUUGACACAGAGCCUGGCCAAGAGAAGGCGCUCUUCCAACAUGUCCUCACCGAGGCCCGGCAAAGUGCAUCCCCUCGCAGCACUCUUUUACGCAUUUGGUCACUGGCUUUAA